AGCCCCGGCGGCCCCGGGACGGCGCGGCGCGGCCCCCCGCGGCAGGGCCGGGCUUCCCCAGCCCAGACGAGUUCUUGCCCCGUUCCUGCGGCCGCGACGGGCUUGGUGCGACACAGUCCUGACAUGUUGUAACUGGUUUCCACACCCACCGCGCGCCGGAGAGCGACGGGAAAUACCUGCGAUGAGCCGCGUCUCGACCUGACUCGCCGCAGCCCGGUUGCAGGAGCUGCGCCCAGCCGGGGCGCUCCCCAGGCGCGUCCCCACCGCGGCGCAGUACAUUUCAUCAGCUCAUGAAUGGAAGUUUAAAAGACUUUAUACAAAAUAUAUGUGAAAAUGGAAACUUCAUCUUUGCUUUCAUCCUUACAUGAUGAAUGCAGAUCAGACAACUACAUUGAACCUCAUUACAAGGAAUGGUAUCGAGUAGCUAUUGAUGCUCUAAUUGAAGGAGGUGUAGAAGCGUACAAAGAAUUUCUUUCCAAAGAGAGAUGCUCAGAGUUCCUAGCAGAUGAGGAAAUUGAUUAUAUUUUGAACAAUGUCCAUAAACUUCCCCAAAACACAGUUUAUUCUUCUAACCAUGCCAUUGAUGACACCUCUUCCUCGGGAACCUAUUGGCCUAUUGAAUCAGAUGUGGAAGCUCCAAAUCUUGACUUAGGUUGGCCUUACCUGAUGCCUGGAAUUUCUGGUGGCACAAACAUUGAUCUGCUUUUUCAUCCACCCCGAGCGCACCCUUACACAAUAAAGGAGACUAUUCGGAAGAUAAUACGAGAUGCAAGAAAGGUCAUUGCCAUAGUUAUGGAUAUGUUUACAGAUGUGGAUAUCUUUAGAGAAAUUGUAGAGGCAUCUGCUAGAGGGAUUGCAGUGUAUCUCCUGCUGGAUGAGUCAAACUUCAGUCACUUUCUGAAAAUGACAGAGAAACAAGGCUGUCAAGUUCAGAGACUCAGGAAUAUGAGAGUGCGUACAGUAAAAGGACAAGAUUACUAUUCUAAAUCAGGAGCAAAAUUCCAUGGAAGAAUGGAACAAAAAUUUCUUCUUGUUGACUGUAAGAAAGUCAUAUAUGGUUCUUACAGCUUUAUGUGGUCAUUUGAAAAAACCAACCUCAGUAUGGUUCAAGUUAUCACAGGACAGCUGGUUGAGUCCUUUGAUGAAGAGUUCAGGACACUCUAUGCCCGUUCUUCUGUUCCUAGUUCAUUUGCCCCUGAAUUAGUGCGGGUAAACAGUUGCAGGACACUUUGGGAGAACGAUACAUACCAGCACUCGGUGUCUUCCUUGGCUUCAGUUUCUAGCCAAAGGAACCUUUUUGGCAGGCAGGACCAGGUUCACAAGCUAGAUCCUGUUUAUUUGAAAACUCGCGGAAGAUAUGUAAUAAAUGAAAUUGAUAAAUACGGCUUGAGAAAUCAAGCCUAUAAUAAACAACCAUUUCAUCCAGGUUUUAAUAUGCAAAAUCCAAUCCAGCAGUAUCAACCUAGUGAAAAAAAUGAGCACUGGAAGAGACAUAGCUAUGCUGGAGAGAAGCCAGAAAGGACUCCCUACCUAUUGCUCAACAGAGCUAUUAAUAGAGCCACUAAUCCAUCAAAUACUUGGAAAAUGCCAUCUGAUAGCCUUAGUAUUGUAUCUUCAUUACGAGGAGGAUAUGCAAAUAACUACAAUGCACCGCAGCAAAGUUUUGCUGAUCAGUUUUCACGACCAAAGAUAAAUCUCGCAGAAAGGAAUUCAAUUGUACGGAGAUCUUUUAAUGGAACAGAUAAUCAUAUCCGCCAUCUGCAGCAAAGGAUGCCAACCCUUGAGCACACGACGAAAUCAUUCCUGCGUAACUGGCGAAUUAAGUCAUACUUAAAUGAUCAGUCAGAUUAUCCAGCAGAGUCUAAUGAAUCAGCCUUGGGUGACAGAUAUGAGGGCUAUGACACAGCUGAAAAUAUUAAAGCUCAUGCCCUUUAUUCUCAUUCUCGCUUAAGAUCAUCACUGGUGUUUCAGCCAACUCUACCCGAACAGCAGGAAGUAAGCAGCUGUGCAAGUUCUUCAAAUUCAACUAUAAUUGGCUCAGAAGGAAGUGCAACACCUAAAGGGACAUCUAAUCGUGCCCCAAGUGUGGAAAAUGGAAUGGGUAAUAUUUUAGAAGAGCUUAGCACAAAUGUCCCACUUAAAUCAGAUACACCAAAAAAACACAGAAUUCAUGCUGCAGACAACACAAAACCUAGUGUAAAUUCAAAUGUGACAGGGGACUCGCCUGUCUACUUGUACACAACAUUGUGUGCAGACAAACAUGCAGAAAAUCUGAAGAACUUUCAAAAUGAAAAUAUACUGAAAAGGAGAAGUUUUCCCAUGUUUAAUUCAAAGUCUAUAUUAGACCCUGGUGCCAGCAAACAGGCAUCCAGUUAUGUUUACAGCACACUGACUAGGAAUAGGCUUAAACAGCCAGUUAGUUCAAAACUCCCAGAAGACUUACUGAAGAGCUCUAAAAGUUUGCACAGUGUGACCAAUCACUUACCACAGGAGGAGGAAAAUCUCAGAGGAGAGCUAAAGAGUCCGACUGCAACCAAGGCAAUCUCUAUGGCUGCUCUAGCCGAAGCCAGCAAAGAGGAGUCAAGUAAGGACUGCACGUCAAAGAAAGAAACUAAGAAUUCCCCAAGUUUUCUAAAAAAAGGAUCCCAGAAAUUGCGGUCGCUUCUUAAUCUCACACCAGACAAGAAGGAAAACUUGUCAAAAAACAAAGCUCCUGCCUUUUACAGAAUGUGUAGUAGUUCUGACACUUUGGUUUCUGAAGAAGAGAAUCAAAAACCAAAGAUUUCUGAAAAUAAGACAGAUUCUUCCCCAAGGAGAAAGAGAAACACAUCAUCCAAUUCUCAAGGUAGCUUGCAGAGAAGUAAAGAAGAUGUCACGAGUAGCCCAACAAAGUCUCCAAAGUCUCCGAAGUCACCAAAACCACCAAAACCUCCGUCUGAUGAAUGCAAUAAAAAGUGUCCUGUCCUGUGCCCCCUUGAAAGUAAGUUCAUAGAAACUGCAGGAGAUGCAUCUACCCCAAGAUUUAACACAGAACAAAUUCAGUAUCAAGAUGUAAAAGAAAUUACAAUGAAUGCUACUCCUGACACUGCACCCCUUUCUACUCUACAAAGAGCAAGUUCAGUGACACCCCCGAUGGCAAGCUCAAAACGCCAAGAGGAGCUAAGACCUCGUUUGAGUGAAAGGCGUGUUUAUAGUCGCUUUGAGCCAUUCUGUAAAAUGGAAAAUGCUAGCCAAUCUGCAGGAAAUGCACCAAAUAGCAGUUCACAUCUCUCGGCUAUCAAAAGCAAACCCUUAGGGAGCAAUUAUGGCAGAAGUAAUCAUGUGGUCAGCUACAACUCAACUGCUUACCAUCCACUGCAGCCUAAUGAAAAUAAGUUCAGAGGAUUUAUGCAAAAGUUUGGGAACUUUCUACACAAAAAUAAGUAAAACUUUUAUUGAUUGGGGACUGUCUGAAAUUCAGCGAGCAUAGCAAAGCUGUACAUUCCUAACUGGAUAAGACUGAUGGGCAACUUUUGUAGAGCUUACUUGGGUUUCUUCAGGGACUGGGACAUUGGAAUGAAUGUAUAUAUUUUUACAUAAUUAUCCUAGAAUUAUUAUACUUAAGUCAUUACAGAAAUUCUGUGUCCAUAAGAUGUCUCAAGGGAGUUGUUUAUAGUGUUUAUAUUGUAAGAUUAAUUUUAUACAUUUUCCUUGUGAAGAAAGUAUGUACUAGUGUAUUGUAAGAUUAAGUGUAAAGCAAAGAUGGAGAAUGUUUUUAAAGUUCGAAUAAUACUUUUCCAAAGACUUGCCCUUUAAAAAUAGGAUAGCACUAGGAAUAGUGGCUUGUAUCUUUUCAGCACAUAUAUACUCUUUAAAAUGAUAAACACAAAUGUUAAUGCAUUACAUGUUAUUUAGCCUUUAAACUCGUCUUGGAAGGCCUCUUUUAGGCUUUAUCUUGUUACUAAUUUACCCAAGAGCAUCUAUCGAACUGUUUGGGCCACAGAUGGAUCUUACUUACUUUAUUAGAUUUUCCACGUAAUUUGAUAUUUUUCUGAAGUAUUUGGCACUACAGAUCUUAAAGUGACCUUAAUCUGAGCUUUCACAGACUUGUUUACAAGGUUAAACCAGUGUGAAUAUAGGAUGAAAGUUAAAAAAAAAAAAAAAAAAUUGCCCUGAAAAGAAGUUACAACUAGCUUAGAUUUCAACUCGUUAAUUACAUUUGUAUAACAUGCCAGUAUUCUGUAAUAUAUUCUAGAAAAUGUCUUUUGUUACAAUUUUCAAUUUGGUGUUUCCUCCAAAAAAUUGUCUGUGGACUUCCAUUUCUCAGAUAUAUCCUCAGAGACGCUGCAUAAGAAUGUUACUGCAUUAAGGCCUGAUCCAACGUCAACUGAAAUGAAUGAAAAAGACCUCCACUGACCUCAAUGGAAGUUGGAUCAGACUCUUAAUGUACUGGCACCACUAUUUUAGAAAUGUUGCAAGGCUGGAUACUGCCUGAGGAGCAUGAGGCUCCGAUUCCAGGGAAUAUAGCAGGAAUACAGCUACUUCUUCAGAGGUGGGGGAGCACAGCAGGGAGCUCUGCAGGGCAGCUGCUGCAAGGACCAACUGUAUCACAUUUCCUCCAGAUUUUUUUGUUAAAGGUGAGAAAACAAUUGUUCUCCUGUUCAUAUCUGAUUUGCCUCAUGUCUGUGUGGGGAAUCUAGUUAUUUAACAGAAUAAAAAAGAGAAGUAGAAAAAAGGAUACCUGCAUCCUCAUUUUGAACAAGUAAGGGAUAUGCACAUUUUUGGAGGGAAAAAUAUAAUUUAUAUUUUCGCACUGCCUUUUCCCAAAGCUUUUCUUGAUGGUCCUCCUUUUCCCAAGGAGGUGCAUAUUGUUUCAUUUGCCAUUAGAACAUGCUUUAUGCAUUGCAUGUUAGUUACACUCCAGGCACGCCCGAUGCACUCCCAGUUUUGUAAGGCUGUGAAGUAAUAGCUAUUACUGUGCAUGACAGUCAUUUGGCCAAAUGGCUCGGGACUUGCGAAAUCCAUAAAAAAUUAUGUGUCAUUUCCACAUUAAAUGGAGCUCUAUUAGCAUCAUAAUGGAUCAAAGACGAUGGCUGUGUGAAAGCUGAUGAGAGUUGUGGAAGGGUGGAGUUGGCCCUCAGGAGUGCAGUGGGCAGUGUAAGGCUGUGCAGCCAGCAGUGUCGGUAGAUACAGACCCCUCAUAUGGUGUGCAUUGCAUUCACGUCGUAAAUAAACCACCCCACAUACAAUCAUAAUACCCAGUGAAUAAAUUGCUUCAUUUCUUCAGCCUUGUAAUAAAGUUUUUACCACCUCUCCGAUUGCAAAAUGUUAUUAUCCUUUUUUAAUGAAUUUGCCUGAAGAACUGUACUCUUUAUUCAUGCUAACAAAUAUGAACUAGAUAUAAAGAGAGGUUAAAAAUUAAGAUGAAUUAAAUUUCCAGUUGUCUAAUACAUAUUAUUUGUUACAUGUCUUGAGAGCGAAAAAUAAGACUAAGCUUAUCAGGUGAUAGACAUUUGUCCAUUAAUAGCUGAAGAGGUAAUACUAUUCAGAGAAAAACUGUUUUACCAUUUUUCAGCUUUCUAAAAUGUGUUAGGAAAUGUCAUCAUUUAUAAAAGGAGUCAUAUGGAAAAUAAUACCAAAAUCUGUUGCGAGACUAUGUAAAAAUAAAUUUUAAAAAAGCUCCAUGAGGCUGUACAAUAAAUGUGUUCAUCCAUAAUAUUUUUUCUUCUUGCUCUUACCUGGAAUAAGCUGUACAACUAAUACAUAGCUUUGCAACUGUAAGUAAUACACACAGAUCAGUACAUGGUGCUUACUGUAAUGUAUUCCCCAUAUCAAUAUUGCGCUACACAGAUGGGCUAGUUCAUAUCUUGGAUACUGUGAUAUUUUAGUUGAUUUCCAUUUAAGUCAAGAGAGUUAGAACAACAAAAAGCUGCAGUCGUUCACUGGUUGUUCAGCCACGUUACUCCGAUUUUGUCUUCCCCUGCAUGAGUACCUAUCCCAUUAGUACCCCCAUGAGAAGAGAGGAGGUGGCGCUGCACAAAGGCCACCUUGCCAUUUCAUUCUCUAUUUCAUACAGGUACUUACAGCUGUCUUAGUAGCUUUCAAAAGAGUGGGUUUUUUCAUUUUUUAACUCAAAAGCUAAGGGUUACAGUUAAGCAUCCUUUCUUCACAUUUCGGCGUGACCCCAAAAAGGUUGCAAUGUUCUCAGAGCUGGGUCCUGAUUUGAGAAAUGAGAUGGAAUAAAAACUCUGCUCUUGGUUAGCUCAGAAUGGAGGGGAUUUGCUCCAGUCAAAGCUUCUAGUUAGGAUUUCUCCUUUAGUAACAUUGACAAGUUUAGUUUUGCCUGAACCCCUUCUUGCUUGAAGCAGUCCCCCCAAAGUCAGUAUUUAAAAAUAAUUUUCAUAUAUUGCCACACUUGAAAAAGUGGCCAAGUCUUCUUUCUGAAAAGGCAGUAGGAUUUAGGGUGCUGUAUUAUCAAAUCAAUUCUUUGCAUACUUUGAAAACAUCUUUGUAUAUUUCUGGAAGAGGAUCUAGUUUAAUAAAAAUGACUGGAAAUCCCUCAGGAAGAAGCCGCUGGAUUCUGUGAAGACGAUGCAUCUUUCUCCCACCAUAUGUGUUAGCACAACUAAAAACUCCAUGGAUAAGUGCAAAAGAUUUUGGGAGGAACAAUAAACAUUUCUGAUAAGAGGCCCAUGAUACAUGUUUAUUUUGAUAGUGUUCCAAGCAGAAAUAUUUUAAACACUAAGCACCAGUGGCAAGAUUUUACUGUGUUUAAGAAACAAAUGUAACCCAUUUACCAACAUUUGAACACAGGACUCCUGCAUGGCUGGUGUACAGUGUCUGCUCUUGCCUCAUUUAGCAAUGAAAUUCAGACUGUCUGCAGCUUCCCAGGCCUUUGGAUAAGCCCCGAACAACCGAUCCAAUGAAGCAUUAAACACACACUUACCUUUAAACUAGGCAACCCCAAGAUAAAGUUAAAGCAUAAUGCCAGGCAUACGUUUAUGUGCUUUCUUAGAUUUUGGUGUAAAAAACACCUCAGCAAAGUCUUACAAGAACUAGCUGCUCUGUUUUGGAAAAGUGUUAAAUACAAGAUUUUGUUGUUGUCUUUGGGCCAUGUCUGAUUUUGACACACUGUAGUAGACAUAUUUCUUCCAAAUCUUUCAUAAGCUGGUGUAAAAACAUGGUUUUGAUUUUAGGGUCUAGACCUUCAGUGCAGGAUCCCUGUGGAUCCCUGGCAAUCCAUCAAAUUUCAGAAGGUGGCAUGGAAGUGAGUUCAGAUAACUAAAAAAAAACCUCAGCUAGACAAAACAGAAAAGCAUUUGCACAUAUUUCCACAUAGAGGAAAGGAAGGAAGCAAAAUCAUAAGAUAAAGCCAUAACUGAACAUUCACAGUGUAAUCUUUGCCUGCUGAAAAUGAAAGCUGGUACACCAACACUGUAGAAGUGGUCCUUGGAUUUGAAAAAAAAAUAAUAAUUAUAUGGUCUUUGGUUAAAAACAGCUGAGAAACACUGAUCUAGAUAAUGCAAAAGAAACACAAGACAUGUUACAAACACACAAAAACCAGAAUAGGUAUUACUGACUCCAAAGGAGAAAAAAAAAGAAUUUUAAAACUUCUAGAGAAAGAAAAGGAUUUCUAUUAAGUUGGCUUUGAUACUCACAGAUGAAUAAGAUUGUCCUGGUCUCAUUUAAAGUUGUUACUUAAUAUAUAAAUCCGUUUUCUCAGAUGGAAUUCCUGGAUUACAUAGUAGCUAUGUUAUGGAUGUACUGUGUAUGUACAGAUACAACCCAAAAAUUGUCUUGAAAUAAUUUAUUACUUUUAUUUUUUACCAAAUAAAAUGUUUCUUUUAAAGCUC